GUUUAAAUUUAAAUAAAAAUCCGAGAAUGGGCGAAACGACGUCGGAAGAGACUAAACAAAAACCCUCCAUAAACAUCUUCCUUCAUCGUGCGACCAUUGAGUUUUCGAUCUAUGUGUGCUCUAUCCCCCCUCUUCGACACCUGCAAAAGUUGAUCGAAACCCUACCCAUCCAAAGUCACCGAUCUCGGAAAACAUUGAAUUUCUACAAUGAGGACGAAGAAUGCUUCUGUGUCUUACUCCAAGAAUGGAAACGAUGAGUGUCAUGCGGAAGAGACGAUGACAGAGAACAGCGGAAACCCAAAGGCCACACAAGGAACAUUCGAGGUUCCUGCGAUGAAGACGAAGGUAAAUUCAAAGAACUUUCCACAUAUGAAGUUGACUGUGAAGUCUUCAGUGCAAGACUUCCAAAAAUUGAUGAAAGAAAAGUUAUGCAAUCAUAUGGAAAUCCUAGAAGUGUUUAUGAGAGAUUCUCCUUUUGGUGCUUUCCUUGAUGUCCAACUUGUUCCCCCUCCAGCUAUGUUAUGGCAGUUGAUGGUUAGGGAGGCUAAUGUGGAAGGAGAAAAAGCAAGUGAAGAUGAAGUUGCUGCAGGAAGGAAUUCAUCAUCAGAUAAAGUUCACUCUUCAAGUGAAGGGUCAGAAGUCCCCUCCAAAAAGUAUGUCUUUAGGAGGAGAAAAAUAUCAAGGCCGAGCACCCCAACCUUCUCACCUGGAAAAGCAGAGCACAGAUCUCUAUUGGAAAAGCAGAGCCCUCUGUUGGAAAGAACAACCAAUAUCAAGGCUUCAUCUAUUAGUGGAAAUGCUAGUGAAAACUUGCCUGAUUCACUGAGAGAUUACAUUGAUGGUAAAUUUUCUGAACUUCAAAAGACAAUAUAUCAGGAGGUGGAGAAUGUCUUGGAGAGAAAAUUUCAGACACUAGAAAAAAGAAUUCUCCAAACCUUACUUGACACCUUAAAGGGAAGGUGUAACACCCUAAUCCGUCCAGGUCUGCAGCCCCUUUCGGACUAAAGUAUUGAUUUGAUAAUCGUGAUAAUUUAAAACAUUUCAAACAUUUUUAUUUAUAAAUAAUAUUCGAUACAUAAUUGUAGACAAUACGGAGUGUUUAAUAAUAAUGCGGAAGCGACAUUUAAACACGUCUCAUAACAACAUAAUUAUUUAUUUUGUUCAAUGAUCUAUCACGACUGUCUCGCCCCUUCUGCUGCCAGGAAUCAGCCAAUCAUUCAUUCUAUCUACCUGCGUGUAGCAACUAAAACACACUGCACGCUCAGCGGUGAAGCUGAGUAAGCAUAUCUAAAGCGUCGAACAUCCACAUAAAUUGAAUCUCAAUUC